GAACGGUUAGGCCUAGCAGACGGCUGCGGUGGCUCGCCCGCGGCGCGGCGGGGGCCUGUUUUUUGCGCGCCGUGGGAUUGCGAAGCUCGACGGAGAGGCCGACGGCGCGCAACCCUUUCGCUCCGCCGGGGGAGCCGUUGGCCGCCGCUGCCGCCGGGAGUCGACGGAGGGGCGCGCGCGCCACGCGGCCCGGGCCUGGCGCCGCCGACCAGCCUUCGCGCGAGAGCCACGAGCACACCGCCGUGUGUGCAGUGCUGUGUGCCGGCGGCGGCUUCGUCUCGGUGUUGCCCGGCGCUGUGCAGUGUGUGCUGUGCGCUCUGUGAGGAGGGGGUAUAGUAUGCUUUGCACGCGGCGGCUGCUGCAACGCAGCGUCAGCGACGAGGGCGGAGGCCGCCGCCGCACCACCACGCCGAGCCGCGCCGCUUUGCAGGACUGGCUGUUCCAAGCGCAAGUUGUUCGGGUCAUCGAACAACAUUGGAUAUACGCACAUACUCGAAGCACUGAUGUAUUCGUUUCUUCAUCCGGGGUCCGGACAUGUGCUCUGCGCCGGUCUGGAACUGCGCCUGCAGCCCUGCGGUCCAUACGCCCGCCCACUGUGAGUCCUCAACCAGCGUUGGAACUCUGCGGACUGGUCCGAAAGGAGGGCUCCGACUCCGAGGGCAACAAGAGCGCGACGUCAUUUGCCAGAGGGGAGCUGGCCCCGCCGCCGACUAUGGGACCGUGGGCCGAGUGAACGUUGCGUUUCUGUGUGCACCUGAAGUGAGGUAGUAGGUUGUAUAGUUCAGAACUACAUCUGCCAAGGAGAGCUAACUGUACAACUUGCUAACUUUCUUCGGGUCACACAAUGUUCAUCGAGCCCGCCUUCAACGUUCGAAGCCGCGCCUGAGAAGACGCACCCUUAAGAAGUUCUUCGCACUUUGUUCUUCUAUAACGUAACGUUCUUUUCGUGUCUUUGCUGAUCGUUGGAUCUACAGCCGAGGUAAGUACAAUUUGUCAGCAUUUUUUUUUUUUUUUUUUUGGCGUUGCCACCCCGCGGAGUAUUUUCGAUAGAGCUAACCGAUGUGUGGCUAUCUUGAGGUGCUGCAGCUUUAGAGUUUAUGACGAGGGGUUUGUCCAUCUGGAAAUUAAUUCUACUUUGCUCCUGAGAAAUUAAACUGUGUGGGGAGAUUCCUUACACCCUUGUCAGAGUGCUUUUGAUUUCAGAAACCCCACUGCUUGUUGCGCGAUGAAAGGCAUGGCUCGCUUUUAUAUAUAGUACAGAAAAUUGUCGCCGAUAGCCGUGUUUCCUUUCUGAAUUCGUCUGGCACCCUAACCGUGGCAGCGAUCAAGUCAGGCGACUUCACAUAUUUCGAGUUCUUUUCGUCGAUUUAAGUGGGCUUUAUGUUGCAGAAGUUGUGUAGCUGAAUCACUUGUUUUCAAAUAUUUCGACACUCAUUCAUUCAGCGAACAAUUAAGCGGCCUCAGCUGUGACGCCAAAGGUAACUUUUUCCGUACAGAUUGCGUAAUCUGCCAGACAAUACACUCGGGGAGUUUUGAGCUUCAUUGAAGUCGAUCUGCGCUUUACAACUCGAACGCCUUCGAAUCGGGAAGUCUCGUCGCGUCGCGCAUAGCUUCUUUGGUGUAGCCUGGCGGCAACUGCUAACCGAUACCUCAGCCGCACGAGCAGUAUUGGCAUCCAUUGAAACCGAUCUGCAUUGAACAUUUCGAGCACGAUUGAUCGAAGAACUAAGCGUUGCUAAGUAUAACUGCAUGCAUUGAAGCGUAGUGUAACGUGAGUGACAUUAGUCUACAUUUACUCGAGCACUGUAGAUAACGCCCGCAUGACAGCGCUAUAACUUCACGUAUUUGUGUAGUGUCCGUUUAACAAAAGCCGGGAUGGCAAAAUAUACCGUGUGUCCCAGCUAACGUUAGCCACGCUGUUUAGCAAAACAAAAUAUUUAAAAAAGACGAUGCAAGAUACAUUUAUAAAACCUACGGUGUUCAGUCAUCAAAGGUGUGGAGACCGAAGACUAUAGGUCUUAAGAUCGUAUCUUGCACCGUGUCUUUUAAAAUCUUUUUUUCUUAUUGUUGAACAGUUUGGCUAACGUUAGCCGGGACACCAUAUAUAAUAAAACUAUGAUGAUAUGACCAAGGCCAACCCUAAGCCUGCCUGGGCGUCACUCCGGGGGUGCGAAUUUAUGCCCAAAAUACGUGACAAAAUGAUGAAGAGCCCCAUUGUAUUCUGUAUGCCUGACUCCCCCCCCUCUUCCUGGGCGCAUUAACCGCGCCGGACUUUAAUUAAUGAUGCUGGCUCGCAUCGGUUAAGGGAAAACGGCCACGGGACACAAAGCGCCGAUCUCUCUCUCUCUCUCUCGAUCAUCAUCCUUUGGUCACCGUAUGUGCGCGGGCGAGGCCAGCGUCCGAUAAGGGCGCAAUAAACGGCCGCGCUGUUGCGCGCACAGCGCACGCAGUCCGGCGACGGUCGUUCUCCCAUCUGGCGGGCAGCGCGUGCGCCGUUACUCCCCCUCACUCGCUCUAUCUCUCUCUCUCUUUCGCCUCUUCCUAUCAAUUUCGUAUAAAAAAGCGCGCUCGAAAUCAUUUCUAUAAAAAAGAACACAUAAGGUAAAGGCUCCUCCGCCGCGUCCCAUCUGCCGCCGCCGUCCGCGCCUGCGGUCAAGGCGAAGGACUAUCGACGCGCUUCCGUUCACGCGCGCGCUCGGCAAACUUCCCUUUUCACCCUCUCUUUCUCUCUCACUCUCACAGAGUUCCUUCUCUAUCGGCCAUCCAGCAGCUCGCUUUGUGUCCACUGGCACAGCUACGCGCAGUCACCGUUAGCGUAUAAUCCUGACCAACGUGCUCAUAGGCCUUACUUCAGUGUUUCACAGGGCCACCGCUGCCGCGGAGGAUAACGGUAAAUGGUUAUGGUUAUUAUGAUUGGGAGAGAGAGAAAGUGAAAGAUGAAGGGCAGAGAGGUUAACCAGGUUAACUGCCCGGCUGGCUAUACUCUGCACAGGGGGAUUGGGUAGGGGCAGAAAAGGUAAGGAGAAAACGAAAACAUAUGAAGAAAAUCUGUCAUCACUAACGCUGUGAAUGGAUAUGACAGCGACUGUAGUUUUUCAAUGAGCCCGGGUGCUUUAAAACAUAUGCACGCACGCACGCAUUAGUGCUUUUUAGGGCUACUCGGGCUGGCCCCGUUGUUGGGACCAGGGUACAAGAAUUCGGUUUUCCGUAAUGGGAUGGCUGUCAAGCUUGUCGAGCUUGGUGCGGAGGACUUAUCUCUGUGCGCCGAAACGAGGACAAUUGCACAGAAGGUGCGCAGUCGUCUCUUUGCACCCACAGUCUUCACAUUCUGUACUUCUGCCCAUUCCGACGAGGAAGGAGUAUAGGCAUUAGCGAAUACUACUCCAAGCCAUAGACUGAGAAAUGAGAUUUAUAGACCUCCCGUCGUGGUAAGCCGUGUGGAAGGCAGAGCUUUAGAUGGGGAUUCAGUGAACAAAAGGGCUGGUUUGUGUUUGAUACAAAUUUCACCAAAAGAAGCUCGGGCGCAGCGAUUGGUCCUCCACCUCGGGAACGUUGGUCAGCAUAAGUGAAUUUGUUUAAUAUCCGUGCUUGUCGUUUCGGGUGCUCUUAUGUCGUUAAUUGUCACGCUUUUUGUCUGCCUAAGUUUCCCAGCAAACGUAAUUUUCCCAAACGCAGUGAGGCAGUCAGUCUCUUCGCAUAUGCAUAAUCUGUGCGAAUUGGAGCAUUUAUGGCGCAAUAUUUUGUAGAAUAUGAUCAAUUUGCAAAGUUACAAAGCCAAAAGGAAGUAGUUUAGGCCAAUCUAUACAUUCACUAGUCAUCGUUCUCUUGCUGGCUCAACUGCCAUACGUGCAGCUACCGUAGGCAGAGUGUUUUAGCGUGUUCUGUAUUCCGGUAUACGCAAAUGGUGUCUGCGUAAUACCGGGUUACCCGGGUUAUCUUGCGACGUAAUACCGGGUUAUCUUGUUACGCUUUGCCUAAUCACAAUGUCUUAUGGACAUGUUUUGAUGUUCCACUAGUGUUCUUGUCGAAAUAUAUACAUUAUAGAAGAGAACGUGUUCACAAUUGCUUCUCCGCCGAACAUUUAUACCAGUGGCGAAGUGGAAUACACUUGGUUACUACAAUAAUAGCUCUGUGUUUGUCUAAUUGAGCUCUGCGUCACCGCGUGGCGCCACCAAUCUGGCCGCUCACGUUUACGCCUCCCGUAACCCGGUAAUCCGCAAACGGUAAGAAGUUUGCGGGCGAACGAAAGCGCUCUGCUGUAGUCAAAGUUAUCUCUAUUAGUGUUUGCAGGAAACUGGUCCUUAGCGUACGAUCGCCUUUACAAACAAUAAAAUGUUGGCAGCUCCUUUCCGCAAUAGUAACUGUGUGUUUUAUAUUUUAACUUUAUCUUUGAGAGUUUCCUUACUCCUCGAUGAAGUUCGUUUCUGCGUUUGUGCCCACUCAGUGUUCUUUUUUGUAAUGGAUUUAACUCUGUAACUAAUGUCCUUGCUAAUAUUGACGCUCUCGGUAUCUCCAAUACAGACAAUGCAGGGAAGUCUAUUAUAGAGUGAUACAAACUAGAGACUUUAGUUGGUUUAGAUAGAGAGUUUAGCCUGGCUGGUCCAGUUGCUGGGCGAUAGUUGUGAUAUACGAAGGGAUCAUAUUAACACAAAUAUAGCACAUACAGUCACAGACAUACACCUACACAAUAGAGAUAUUUACAAUUUCUUUGUAAAUAAUCUAUAAUAGUCUGUAAUACAUCUUGUAACAUAGUCUAUAACAUAGCUAAUUACCUAACUUUAUAAUUAACACCUGUGAUAAAAUUAACGGUCUAUAACAGCAAUAUAGAGAGUGCAGUAAAGUCUACAAUAGAGUUUGCUGCUGUACGAAGACCAUUAAA